CUUUUUUUGCGCGUAGAUGGCCCACAUGUUUUUUUUUUCUUUGCAUCAAAACCCUUGUAGGUUUCCUUGGCGUCCUGCGUCCUCCUCUGCACCCGAUCUCCUCGACCAAGACGGAGAUGGCGACCACCGCCCUCCCCCUCCUCCACCUCCUCCCUCGGAUCGUAUGCGCCGCCUUCUUCGCCUGCCUCCCCGGCCUCGUCGCCGGCAUACGGAAGGACAUUGGUCUUGCAGCACCCAUCAUGUGCAGGAGCACUGUGCAAGGGCGGCACCUGAUAUCAGAUGAUAAUGGUUAUGUAUGUUCUUCCUUAUCUAUCGAUCCAUGGUCUCGGUGUUGCCCAAGAACAGGGUCACGUUUUUCCUGUCAGGGUUGCAAACUCGAUUUACAGUGCUGUGAUUCUUAUGAAUAUUGUGUUUCUUGCUGCUUAAAUCCUUCAAGAACCAAGGAAACAGAUGUGCUGAAGUUGAAGGUAGCUAGACCAGUUACUUCUGGAACUUACAGAAAUGUCUUCGAUUUCUGCAUGGGAAGAUGCCGCCAUAGUUCUGCAAGUGUGGUACAUGAAAAUGCGUAUGCAAGUGACUUCCAUCAUUGCUUCUUGCUGCAGCAGAAUUCUUCAGGAUCAGCUGAUUCUGGUUCUGGACCAAGGCUGGAUGGCAUUAACAUCAGCAUAGGAAGGAGGGGCGAAUCUUGUAGUUCUGUGUGCAGAGCAAAAGGACAAUCAUGUGUUCCAAGCAGGCUUUCUGUUCUGAACAAAUGUGAGAUUUUGCAGAAAUAUAUGAGAUGCAAAAGUGGUUGUUUCAGCAAUCUUGGACCAGAUCAACCUGCUCAAGUUGUAGAUGAGGCUCCAAGCAAUUUGAAUCCAGGAGCAUGCUUGUACAUGCAGAUGGAUGAGCGGCUCACAUGUGAUGGUUCACAUCAACAUACCCGAAGGCUGUGUCCUUGUGCGUGAAAUGUAAAAAAGUUGUUGCUGUCAUAACUCAUAAGAGGAAACAAGUGGAGAUGAUCAGCUUAAAACUGAUGGCUCUCCUUGAUGAGCAAAGCAAACUUUGUCCCUGUUGUUUGUCCCAACAAGAAAUCGCCAUUUUGCAAACUGUGCAACGGUUGAUGCAAAAGAAGGGAAUAUGGAUACCUGUGAAUCAUCCUAUGGUAUUUGCUAGGAUGUUACACAUCGAAAGGAAAUGCAUGCAUUUCAAGUGCCAUUGGCCCAUUGCCCUACAAUCUAUAUACAUGCAAGAGUGCAGGAUGCAAAUGCAUUGCAUCCAUGCAUCCCUUAGAAUAUUCUAUUUUUUUCUCUCUUCUUUACAUGCAUCAUUCAUGUGCAGAGCAAACAUCUCAAACAAUUAUAUUCAUAAUAUAUUGUGCAGUUUCCCA